GAUUGAGUUUUCUGCAAAAAGUGCACUUGUUCCAGUUUUCAAGGAUUGUGCUGAUAUCCACACAGUAAGAAAAGUGCAAGCAUGGCCAGCAGAACUUAUAGAAGGAGCCCUGAAAUGACCAUGUGGAAUUGGCUUAUUUUCAUUCUUCCAUCCACUUGUGGACUCAAUGUUAUCAGCUCAGUGUCUCACUAUCAUGCAGUUCAAGGUGUUGGUGUCAACCUUGGAUGUGAUUUUACCCUGGCUCCUGAGGAGUUGGAUUUUUUGGACAUCAAAUGGACCUUCAGGCCUCCGGAUAGUCAAGAAAAGCUCCUCCUCUGGUAUGAAGGACAUUCAGUAGUAGACCUUAGUGGCAGCAAAGGGAGGAUCCACUUUGAUAUGCUGCCUCCUCAAGAUGGUGAUGCUUCAUUAAUCUUACAGAACCUUAAGCUUGCAGACACAGGCACUUACCGGUGCAAGGUGAAGACAUCCACUGGAGUUGAAAGCAGUACAAUGCAGCUGACAGUGAUAAAGGAGGUACCUAAGCCAAAAUGUGGUGUCUCUGGUAAUGCCACGGUCGGCAACGAUGUGAUGCUGCACUGCGGGUUCCCCGAAGACACAGAGUCCCGGGGCUUCUCCUGGAAGAAAAUCUCUGGAGAUGGGAUGUUUCCCCGCUUCUCAUCUUUGGACAAGACUCGAGGAGACUUGUAUAUCAAAGACUUGAAAACAAGGGAUGCUGGAACCUACCGCUGCACAGCUGGAAGUCCUUUCAGUGUGGAGCACUGUGAUGUUUUCCUCCAGACAAAAUCAUCUAAAUCCACGGCGUCAUCAGUGGUUACUCCAACUGUGAUUUUCAUCAUCAUUGUCAUCAUCAGUAUCCUUGUCCUCAACAUCACAGUUAUUAUUGCUUGCGUCUGCAGAAUAAAACGUGGAAAUAAAACCAUGGCGGUUACAUGUCUUCCACACGAGGACUUUGCAGAGGUAUCCCUGAUUCCAGAGCGUCCAAUUUACCUAAUCCCCACAUUGCAUGUUUUUGGACUGUGGGAGGAAGCCGGAGAACCCGGAGAGAACCCACGCACACACGGGGAGAACAUGCAAACCCGGGUCUUCUCACUGCAAGGCGAGAGUGCUAACCACUACUCCACCGUGUGGCCAUGAAGAUAAUAGUGAUCAUGAUAAUUGUUAUGAAUGUUAUUGAUUAGUGAAAUGCUCCUGGCCCCUAUUUUCAUCUCUUUCCUCUCUUUAAUGUGAUGUGAAGGCCUCACCUACUUAUUGUGAGGGUGUGAGGGUGAGAUUUGGGACUGGGCCACUGUCACUCUGUCCUGACUUACAUGAAGUGAACAUAGCCAUCGUACCUGUGAUCAGUGACACCUGUGCUUUUCCUGCUCAAACCUGUCAGGGUGUCUGCGCUGUAAAAGGCCUGUGACUCUCACAGUGAUCGUGACAGCAGGUGCUGCGCUGGUGAAGCCAUGCUUCACUGAAACGUGGUCGGAAACAUGGUCCAACUGUGUGACUGGACUGCAUGACAGUAUUCCUAUUCCUAUUUCUGGAGAAGCGCUCUGCUGUCUGGUGUCUUAAGUUUUACCCAUUCAUUUUUGGAAAUUUAAAGAAAAUGCCUGUGGGGAAAUCCACAGACGCACAGUCUUCCCCAAUCCCGGCUGACAGGUCAUCAGUCCAUAGACAUCUCGACACGUAGAGACAAACAACCAUUAACUCUGACACCCCCUCCACCUACGGUCAAUUUAGAGUGUCUAAUUUGCCUAAUCCCCAAAUCUGCAUGUCUCUGUGGGAGGAAAUCAGAGAACCCGGAGGAAAACCCACGCUCACAUGGGGAGAACAUGCAAACUCCAUGAUGAAAGACCCUUGUGCUGAACAGGUCACAAAACGGGUCUAAGGAAAGGGUGCUACUCACUACAAGCCUAAUGCUUAUAAAUAUUUAUAGUUAGUAGCUAACAGUUUCUCUGAAUUUACAAGAAAAAAAAUAAAUGUUUAUGGAGAAAAGAUCUUGUUAACAAAAAACAAAAAGAAUGGAAAUUUCAAAGAAAUAACAAGACAAUUCAGAAAAAUUGAGUCAAAAUUACGUUUCAUUAUUUAUUUAUUUAGUUUCCCACUUGAAUGCAACACUCUCAUUCUCAGUGUCCCCUCAGAAAGAAGUCAAGUUUAAAACCAGUCCAUCACUUGUGCGCCGUGGCUCAGACAAUGCAGUUAGCUCCCCCUACUGUACUGGGAAGGAAAACUGUCUUGUCAGGUAUUUUACAUUGACGGUCCCUUGACAUCGCAGUGCAUCUACAGUUACAGCUUAGUUUCAUGUCUCCGCACACCUGCUUUGUUUUCGAUGCGCGCUGAUUCAAGUUUACAUUUUACUUCCCAGUCUCAGUAUAACAUUUUUAAAGAGCAGACACAUUUUUUUCUUCACUGUUUUCUCCCUCACUCUCUCCUCUCCUCCUCAUUGUAGGAUCCCUCUGCAGCGACUGACUCCCUCAAAUAAAAGAUAUUAACCGAGCAUA